AUUGACAACACUAAUUUUGCAAAAAACAUAUAUACGAAAGGGUUUUUAGAAUAUAAUAAAAAUUAAAAUUUUAAAAACCACGUCCACGCUGUGUUAGUGAAGUUCAGGGCUUAUGUCGUUAUAGGGUAAACAAAACGGCCACCAAAAUUUAUUCCCAAAGGCGAUUUCGGAAAAUACUGAUAAUGACACUGGUUGGUUUGGCAGCCAGGAAGCUUUCCUUAAAGAAAAGAAAUGCCAAGUUAGCGGCCGCUUUUCCCAAUGGUGUACGUUGCCAAAAAUGCCUGGAAUUUGGCCAUUGGUCAUACGAAUGCAAAGAGAAACGCAAAUAUGUACAUCGUACCUCUAGGACGAAGCAACUAAACAAGAAAUUGCAAGAAAAAAGUCAGGAAAAUAUGGCUAAUGGGGUAACUAACGCCUUGGACAUGGCCAACAUGACGGGUAAUAAGAAACAGAAAAAACAACGUCAUUCAUCUUCCGGUUCAUCCAGUAGCUCAUCAUCGAGUUCUGACAAUGAUUCAGAUUCUUCGUCGGAUGGUGAAGAUGGAUCAUCAACUGGUUCGGGUUCAUCCGGUUCCAGUUCUUCAUCAUCGGAUAGCGAAUCGGAUAGCUCCAGCGACACGGGAGAGUCCGGUUCAUCCAGUUCGGGAAGUUCAUCCAGCAGUUCAGAGGACGAAGAUGAGACAGCACCACCAAAGAAUAAAAAAUCUAAACAACAAUCAUCUGAUGAUAGUUCUGAGGCUUCAGAUGAUGCUGGCGAUCUAUAGAGAGAGAGAGAGAGACGCAGGACUAUAAAUUGUAAAAUUUAGAGUUAUAAUAAUAUGUAGUACAUAGAGGUGUAAGGAGAGCACAUGAUGAAAGCUUGGUAAGGAAAAGCAUUAGUCUCCAAAGGAUAGGUAUACGAAAAAAGGAAACCAAAAUGGCAACAUGAAGCAAAAGGCAAACAUCUCAUGAGGAUGUGUUUCUAUAAAGACAAGGUUGGUUAUAACAAUUGUGGAGAUGUCAGUUGUUUGGUAAUAUAAUUUUUUUAUGCAGAUUACUUGAGACAUUUGUGUGUGGAUUUUGACGAGGAUCGACAACUUACAUGCUUGUAAAACUCCUCUUCAAAAUGGUCCGCAACGCUUAUUUUGCACUUGGUUAUGUAUAGAAGGCCUCUAGAUCACUUUUAUUUUAUAUGAGAGAAAUCUUUUUACCAUUCUUGGACAAUAGUACAAAUUUUGAAUGAAUUUUCUUUUUACAACCUAAA